AGUGCUGGAGGCAGCCAGGGUUAAUUAUUUCCAAGUGGCCUUGACCCCAACCCGACCUGCCUGCUGCUUCCGCCUCCCGCCGCUCCUUGUGCCUGCCCAGAAACAGCCAUGGGGCGCUGGGCCUGGGGUCGCAGCCUUUGCCCCCCGCCGGGAACAGCACUGUUCCUGCUGCUGCUGCUGCUGCUGCUGCUGGGGCGUCGUGGGGCUCAGCCCCAGGCUAGCAGGAACCUUACAGAACCCCCAGAACCUAACGCCACAGUGAGCUCUGGGACCCCCAUGAUCCCUGUAACCUCGGUGACCCCUGUGAGCCCAGCCACAAGUGCUCCAGAGCCCCAGGGACCCGGUGGUACGGGGCUCACCCCCCCACCCAGAGCAGCUCCCUCCAGCAGCAGCCCUGGGGGCCCAGUGCUCACAGAGGACGGGCGGCCCUGCAGGUUCCCCUUCCGCUAUGGCGGCCGCAUGCUCCACUCCUGCACGUCGGAGGGCAGCGCGCACAGGCGGUGGUGUGCCACCACUCACAACUAUGACCGUGACAGGGCCUGGGGCUACUGUGCCCAGACCUCAGUGCCCAGGAAGGACCCAGCUGCCCCGGAUCCCUGUGCCUCCAGCCCGUGCCUCAACGGGGGCUCAUGCUCCAACACCCAGGACCCCGAGUCCUACCACUGCACCUGCCCCAUGGCUUUCACAGGCAAGAACUGUGGCGCAGAAAAAUGCUUUGACGAGACGCGCUAUGAACACCUGGAGGUGGGCGACCGCUGGGCCCGAGUGAGCCAGGGCCUGGUAGAGCAGUGUGAGUGUGCUGAGGGCCAGAUCCGCUGCGAGGGCACCCGCCACACAGCUUGCCUGAGCAGCCCGUGCCUGAAUGGUGGCACUUGCCACCUGAUCGUGGCCACCGGGACCACUGUGUGCUCCUGCCCCCCGGGCCAUGCCGGGCGGCUCUGCAACAUCGUGCCCAGCCAGCGCUGCUUUGUGGGGAACGGCACCGAGUACCGAGGUGUGGCCAGCACCGCAGCCUCGGGCCUCAGCUGCCUGGCCUGGAACUCGGACCUGCUCUACCAAGAGCUGCAUGUGGACUCCGUGGGCGCCGCGGCCCUGCUUGGCCUGGGCCCCCAUGCCUACUGCCGGAACCCGGACAAGGACGAGAGGCCCUGGUGCUAUGUGGUGAACGGCAGCGCCCUCUCCUGGGAGUACUGCCGCCUGGUGGCCUGUGAAACCCUCACCAGAACUCCACUCCGGACCCCUGAGGUCAUGCUGAGACAGGCUGAGCCUGCCCCAGUGGGACGCCAGGCCUGUGGCAAGAGGCACAAGAAGAGGAGCUUUCUCCGGCCACGCAUCAUCGGGGGCUCGUCGUCCCUGCCGGGCUCCCACCCCUGGCUGGCCGCCAUCUACAUCGGGAACAGCUUCUGUGCGGGGAGUCUUGUCCACACGUGUUGGGUGGUGUCCGCGGCCCACUGCUUCUCCAGCAGCCCCCACAGGGAAAGUGUCUUAGUGGUCCUAGGCCAACACUUCUUCAACCAAACAACGGACGUAACACAGACGUUUGGCAUCGAGAAGUAUAUCCCGUACCCCAUGUACUCGGUGUUCAACCCCAGUGACCAUGACUUGGUCUUGAUCCGGUUGAAGAAAAAGGGGGACCGCUGUGCCAUCCGCUCCCAGUUUGUCCAGCCUAUCUGCCUGCCUGAGCCUAGCAGCCCCUUCUCCGCUGGACACAAGUGCCAGAUUGCAGGCUGGGGCCACCAGGACGAGAAUGUGAGUGGCUACUCCAGCUCCCUGCGGGAGGCACUGGUCCCUCUGGUUGCAGACCACAAGUGCAGCAGCCCGGAGGUGUACGGGGCCGACAUCAGCCCCAACAUGCUGUGUGCCGGCUACUUCGACUGCAAGUCUGACGCCUGCCAGCCCUGCCGCAGGGGGACUCGGGUGGACCCCUGGCCUGUGAGAAGAAUGGCGUGGCCUACCUGUAUGGCGUCAUCAGUUGGGGCGACGGCUGUGGGAGGCUUAAUAAGCCUGGCGUCUACACCCGCGUGGCCAAGUACGUGGACUGGAUCAAAGACCGGAUAUGGCCCCCUAAGCGGCCUGCGGAUCCCUCCUGAGACAGCCCCGGCCUCAGGGUUGGGCAUCCCACCUCUGCGCUGUUCCCAGACUCCUAACAAUAAAUAUGCUUCCAAGAACCAGGUGCACAGGGCCCACACCUCUGCACCCCACCCUCCUCAGCCUUCCCCGGGGCAGCUCCCCAUCUUCCCUUUCUCAAUGGAGAAGGGAGCCUGCAGCCCCAGGGGAGGGUCUGACCCCAAGGCCCAGGGGGUCAGGGCAGGGCACCUAGCGUCCCUCUCUUAGCCUACCCACCUCGGGCCACCCCCAGGCAGCGGGGGCUGGAGCCCACACACGCUGGUUGCCCCAGGGCAGC